GGGGGAAGGGGAGGCUCACUGAGCGAUAGAUCGGGUGUAGCAGAGAAAUAAAAGCAAAUGUGUGCCAGUCAGCUGGAGACGGAGUGAGCUGCGAGAAAUACAGAGAGAGAGGAAGAGAAAACAGAAAAGCGGGGUAGACUGGUAUUAUAAGCGCUGUCGAUGGGGGGAGAGAGGUAGAAAGAGAGGAGCACUGCAUGCUGAGGCUUAGAGGAUCCUCAAGCAGGCCUGCAAUAGAUAGGCGACCUGUCCAGAGUGUACCCGGCCUCUCACCCUGUGACAGCUGUGAUAGGCUCCAGCCCAACUGCGACUUUCUGAAUGCCCUCCAAAUAAAGAAGUUGCUCUUCAUAUGAAGAUUAAUUUCAAACAAAGGUUCUCUGUGAUUCUCUGUCUCAGCCUCAUGUGAGGAACAAAACAGAAUUAUUUGAGAGAAUUGUUUCCUCUCCCCCUCCAACCUCUCCACUGCCUCCUUUGAAUGAUUGAAGCCAUGCCCAUUGUAUCUGGGAGCACAGGGCUGCAUGAGAUUCUGGCUCUGCUCACAUCUCAGCUUCACCCUGAUGCCAACCACAAAGAAGACCUGGUCUUCCUUAAAGAUGUCUUCAGCGAGAAAAGCAUUGGAUACCUCAUGAAGAUCCAUGAAAAACUGAAGCAGUAUGAGAAACAGAGCCCCACUCCGGUCCUGCACAGCGCCUCCUGUUUGGCAGAGGAUCUGGCAGAAGAGCUUCAGAAUGGGCCACUGGAGGAUGAUGAGCAAGAACUACUGCUCCUCUUGAGUACUCCUCAUCUCAAGGCAGUGCUGUCAGCUCAUGACACUGUGGCCCAAAAGAAAUUUGACCCAGUGCUGCCACCGCUCCCAGAUGAUCUGGACGACGACCUGGAAGAAGAGUCGGUGAAGAUCGUUCGGCUGGUGAAGAACAAGGAGCCACUGGGAGCAACUAUUCGUAGAGAUGAAGCAACAGGAGCUGUCAUUGUGGCCCGAAUCAUGAGGGGAGGGGCAGCUGACCGCAGUGGUCUGGUGCAUGUAGGGGAUGAGCUUCGAGAGGUCAACGGAAACCUGAUAUCCCACAAAAGGCCAGAUGAAAUUAGUCAGAUAUUGUCCCAAUCGCAAGGCUCAAUCACACUGAAAAUCAUCCCUGCUGUUGCAGAUGACGACAAAGUAAAAGAAAGCAAGGUCUACAUCCGGGCUUUGUUUGACUACACACCUUUUGAGGACAAAGCGACACCGUGCCAAGAAGCGGGACUCUCUUUUAAAAGGGGAGAUAUUCUUCAGGUUGUCAGUCAGGAGGACCCCACCUGGUGGCAGGCCAAGAGGGUGGGCGACUGUAACCUGCGCGCUGCACUCAUCCCUUCUGCGCAGUUUCAGGAGAGGCGACUGAGAUACAGGAUGAAAAUGGGUUCCAUGUCUGCUCCUAUAUCCCCAAAAGCUCCCACAUAUGAACGGGCUGAUAGAGAAGACUGUGACAGUAAGAGUGCACUGAAUGGAAAGGAAAUAGUUUCUCCCAAGAGUAAGGCAGCCCCUGCCUUCUGUGGCCAUGCUUUCUCAUGGGAUUUUUACUCAGCCAGCCUACGCAGAAGUUUCCGCCACAGAAAAGAUCGUCAGGGUUCUCCUGGUGAAGCACACACUCCUGAUGCCAAUCACACGGAGUUCCUGAUUUAUGAGGAGGUCACACAAUAUUUGUCCCAUCCUGGCGAGAGGCCUCGCCUUGUAGUACUCAUAGGUUCACUUGGAGCUCGGAUCACUGAGCUCAAACAGAAGGUGAUUGCUGAGAAUCCUCGGCGUUAUGGUUUGGCUGUGCCUCACACCACUCGAGCCAGGAAAAGUCACGAGAGAGAAGGAGUGGAGUACCACUUCAUCAGUAAAGCUGCUUUUGAGGCAGACAUCCAGAAUGAUAAGUUUAUUGAGUAUGGCGAGUAUAAAGAGAAUCUGUAUGGCACCAGUUUGGACUCCAUUCACAGAGUUUUGGAUCAAAACAAGGUCUGUCUGGUGGAUGUGCAACCAGAGGCGCUGAAGACUCUGAGGACUGCUGAGUUCAAACCAUAUGUCAUCUUUGUAAGGCCUCGCAUCUGUGAUAGUCAAAAAAAACAGUUUGGCUCCUCUUCCUCACUCAGCGUAGGGGUCACGGACAGUGACGUGGAGGAAAUGAAACAGUCGUCAGAGCAAAUGGACGAGUGCUACGGCCACUGGGUGGAUUACGUCUUGGUAAAGGAGGACCCAGUUAGUGCCUUAGCAGAGCUCCAGGUUGUACUGGAGAAGGUACAGAUGGAGCCACAGUGGGUGCCUGUGUGCUGGGUGAGGCGCUAGCCAGCUGACGUUCCAAAUGGAGAAAGGGAUCGCUGCAUGGGGGCACGGAACUGUGGCGUGCCUCUGAAGGUGCUGAGCAUUUGGACUGAUCCAGUUUUUACUGCCGUAUAACCAUUUCACAAAUAUGGGUUUGUGAGUCACCAUAAAAAGAGCAUCCAGCAAGCCUGUUGUAGAUCGGUCAGCAUAGAAUGACCACAGUAGUCAUACAGAUAUCACUGGUGUACAUACAGUAGAUGUUGAUAGUGAAGUGGCAGUAUGAGACAGGCACUUAGUACAAGCAUGCAGGACAAAGUUCCUACAGCAACUUGUUGUCAAACAUCUGCACUCAGUACAGUCAGUCUAUUAUAACAGCAGCUAUAAUGUGAAGUGCCAUAUUGAAUAUGUUGAACUUACAUAGAUAAUUGUAAAGCAACAGAAGAUCAUGUUAUUGACUUUGACCAAAAUCUGAAUUUAGUGAAAUGGGUUCAAU